CGCUUCCCGGCUUGACGUUUCUGGGUUUUUUUCGCAGCUUCUCUGUUGCUGGUAGGAACUUCAGUGGACGGACUUUACCUCGGAUAUGAAUGAAGACACGCGACUUGUGGAUUUGAGCACCGGGCUAGAAAGUGUUCCCGUGUUGACUGAGAGGAGUUCAGGUGCUCGGACAGCUCCCACAUUCCAGUAUUCCCCAGAAAAUAUCCAGGGGCCAGGAUGCACUGUUGACCCCUCUGAGGUCACCCUUCCUGGAUGCUCCUGCCUCUCCCACUCCUGCCUCACAGAGAGCUGCUCCUGCCUGCAGACACAUGGGCGGGCGUACGACACCACCGGCACGCUGCUGAACCUCAGCAGGACAGAAUCUGGUUACAGCUCACCUGUGUUUGAGUGCAACGCCCUCUGCACCUGCAGCGAUGCCUGCACUAACCGUGUGGUGCAGACGGGGCCGAGAGUCAGACUGGAGGUUUACAGCACCGAGAACAGGGGGUGGGGAGUCCGGACACUGGAGCCAAUCCCCCACGGGAUGUUUGUGUGCGAGUAUGCAGGAGAGGUGAUCAGUUUUGAGGAGGCUAGACGCAGACAGCUCGCCCAAAGGUCUGAGGACAAUAACUACAUCAUUGCCGUACGGGAGCACGGGGGCGGGGGCUCCGUCACCGAGACGUUUGUGGACCCCGCCGUGGUCGGAAACGUAGGCCGCUUUCUCAACCACUCCUGCCAGCCCAACCUGUACAUGCAGCCGGUCCGUGUGCACUCGGUGGUCCCCAGGCUGGCGCUGUUUGCUGGACGGGACAUUGAUGCACAAGAAGAGCUGACGUUCGAUUACUCAGGAGGAUACAGUAACCACCCUCCUGCAGAGCUGCCGUCCACUCAACGUGACGCUGCCGUAAAGGCCAGUAGGACAGAAGGACUCCAGAGGAAAGAGUGCCUCUGUGGUGCCAGCAACUGUGCUCAGUUCCUGCCCCUGGAUUUAUCUAUUCUCAACUGAAUGUUUGUUUGAUUUAAAUAAAACCUUUGGUAAAGCCUG